AAUGGAAGUUUCACAUGCAUCUUUUCUUUAUCAACAGCGCCCUCUGGCGGACAUCAAUUUAAACUGCCAUACAAAUGAUGGCGGACUGAAUAACAAAACAAAACGAAUAUCGCGACAGUAUUGGGUUUCCUGAUCCUGAUCGAAACUCAAGCUGUUUUACUUUCGCUAAGUCCUACACGCUGCCCUUACCUGUCGUCUUACCUGAACAGAUAUGAGUGAUAUAUUCCUCAGCCCGUUGACCGUCAUAUGUGCCGGAUCCAGCUUUGCCUUCUCUGCACUGUUUUAUAAGCUUUACUCAGAGAAAAAACAAGAAAUACAGAGGUUGAAGGAGAUUCCAAACUUUAAGCCGGAUCAUCACUUGCUCCAAAUUCUGAACGCAUCCCCGCAGAAAAGACUUCAUUAUGUUGCUGUAGAUGGUUUGGUGCAGGCUGAUAGAGAGCCCAUUUCCAGCAAAUAUGUCCCACGGUGUCAUGGUGUUAUACAAAAGAUUACUGUGCAAGAGCAUUGGAAGUACUGGAACUCAGCGCUGAAGUCAUGGGUCUCCAAACAGGUAAACAAGAAGGAGACAACAAACACGGUGCCUUUCAGCCUGGUCCAACCUGGAUCAUACAUCAGUGAGAUCUCUGUCCAUGUGGACUCUCCUCUGGAGGCGUCCGGCGAUUACCUGGAGCGGGUUCACAAACGCCUCAGGCAGGCUAAAGAAGGCCUGAUAGACACUGUUGUCCAGGAGUUCAGCGGGGAGAAGCCCAUCGCUUUAGAGGAAUGUGAGGAGCUUCUGCGGGUUGGGGCGUCCAUCACGGCGUUUGGAGAGAUCGUGCUGGAGCAUGACAAAGUCAUGAAGUUACGACCACCCAGGGACGGCCGCAGCUACAUCCUGAUCGCUAGCGACUACAAGAGCUUCAUUCAGCGACGCGAAAACAGCGCCAGCAUGUGGAAAGGGCUGACGGUGCUGUUCGGCUUCACGGGGGUCUCACUGGUAGCUGGUUUCAUUCAUAGUGGUCUUAAAGACAAGAAGAACUAGUUGAUUGAGUCGUGUGCUACCUCCAAUGACAGAUUAAAUCAAAGUGGUGGUUUUAAAUAUGUUGUGGCUGUCCAUGUAAGUUUGUUUGUUUACUUAAUUUAAAUGUCGUAAUACUGUGAUUUCAAUGCAAUGAUGAUUAAGGAUCAUGAAAUGUAUGCAGCAUUCACAAAACUGUGAUUUCUUUUCUAACGAUUUUUCAGUUGUUUAAGAAUUAUGAAACAUAUGCAACUUAAUAAACAUUACGGGCUCAGAUUUUCAUUGAA